GAGGGUGAAUGAAAUAGUAUCAGAAAUACAGAGGGAGAAAUGAGGAAAAAACGCUAAAACAGGCAGAAAAAAAUGGGGGAAAAGAAUGGAUAAAUAAUGAGUAAGACCUAGAAAAAGGUGGAGCACAAAAUGACAAAAAAGGGACCACCACAAGCGGAAUAUAAGGAUAGUGAGUUGCAAAACAUUUUAAACUAUUUGCAUAUUCAUUAUUGAUGCACUCAAGAUUUCUAGCACAAUGAUUCUGACUUAGAAGAGUCUGCAAAUUUAUUCUGAAAAAAAUACUUUAAUACUGACUCAAAUGCUUAAACUAUUUCAGCCGCCUACGAUACCUAAAUAGAAUGUAUACAUAUUAGUAGAUGAUUUAACGUAAACAUGUAUGUAUCAGUGCAUUAUUCUUCAUAACAUUUUAUACUUGAGGCAAAAGUGAAUAAGUAAAAAUCAGUGCAGUAAUUUGAGAUGUGCACUACAUAGAAGUGGACACAUACUAAUAAAAUAUACUGUGUGGUAAACACAGUUCUUAUGUAUUUCUUUGUCAUUCCCUUUAAAGAAAAAGCUCAGGAGAGGCAGGAUACAGACAGCCCAGCUGGCCGUGCCUACCUAAGAGGAGGAAUUAUUCAAAUAUAGAGGAAGGAAUAGGACAGAACAAGUUAGCAGGUUGCAUUUGAGUGUGACUGUGUUAGUGACAGGUUCACUGCUAGCACUGCUACAUUAUACAACGUCCCAGUGCCCUAUACGUUUUAUCUCACUAGCUGCAGGUCACUAUGAGUCUAUAUAACAACCGUUAUGCCACAACCCGUGGAUUCAGUAGCCGGUCCCAUGGAUCAUUGUCAGGAAGACCCUCUGUGUUCCGAGCUAGUACAGGAUUCCAGCCAGGGCUACAAAGAGCCAGCAGUGGGAUGAACCUGACCCGGAUGAUGCCAGGCUCCAGCACCUUCCUGCUCUCCUCUCUACCCAACCUGGAGAUUGACCCCAAAUUACACCAGCUCAGAACACAGGAGAAGGAGCAGAUAAAAGUUCUCAAUAACCAGUUUGUAAAUUUUAUAGACAAGGUGCGGGAUCUGGAACGACAGAACAAAGUACUGAGAACCCAGCUGCACCUACUGAAGGACAAGGACUCUUACAAAUCUAACAUUGAUCAGAUUACGCAGGCAUCAGGCGGUCGCCUAAAGCAACAGAUUGAUGGGCUGCUGCAUGAGAAACAACGACUGCAGACAGAGCUACACAAUAUGCAGGCAGUGGUGGAGGAGCUCAAAAGCAGGUAUGAAGAUGAAAUAAACAGACGUAAUCAACUGGAAAAUGACUUUGUGCUUACAAAGAAGGAUCUGGAUGACACAUAUCUACAAAAGGUGGACAAUGAAUCCAAACUAGAGAAUCUGACUGAUGAGAUAGACUACCUUAAGCAGUUGUAUGAUGAGGAACUUAAUGAGAUGCAGUCUCAGAUUCAGAAUGCCAAAGUUACUGUAGAGAUGGACAACAACAGAGAUCUGGAGAUGAAGCACGUGAUGGAAGAGGUGAAAGCUCAGUAUCAGACCAUGGCAGAAAAAAGCAGACAGGAGGCUGAGAACUGGUACAAAAGCAAGAUCGAUGACUUAGUAAAUCAAAGCAAAAGGAGUAAUGAUGAGCUGAAGGCUCUAAAGAAUGAACUGUCUGACUUGAACCGAACAAUUCAACGUGUCAACAAUGAUAACGAAGCCCUAAAAACACAGCGUGCAAAUCUGGAAAGUGCAAUUGCUCAAGCAGAAGAACAAGGGGAACAAGCUGUCCAGAAUGCCAAAGCCCAUGCACAAGAUCUAGAGGAAGCACUAAGAAGGGCAAAGCAGGACAUGGCCCGUAAAGUGCGGGAAUAUCAGGAUCUGAUGAACACCAAACUGGCUUUAGAUAUUGAGAUUGCAACUUAUAGGAAGCUACUAGAGGGAGAGGAGAACAGGCUGAAAAACCAUUCAAAUUCAAAACUCAGUGCUAUUGACAGAAUGGCCAACAUGUUCAACUUUGAUCUGAAAUCUUCUCCAACUUCAAGGAUUUCACCCAGUGGGAAGAAAGUUGUUCUUAUCAAGACUAUUGAGUCAGCCAACGGAAAGCAUCUGUCUGAAGCCAGGCAUUUCACAGAGGAAUAAGUCAUGAGGAUAUCUUGUCUUCCACUCUACAUUUUGUAGGGUGACUUAAAGCUUAGGAAUAUUCUUCCAUCUUUCGACUUUAAACCACUUUUUGUAAUCUUGUUGUCUAAAUCUGCGUACAGAAGACCUUAAGCGACCACAUCCCUAGUUACUGGUGAAGAGCUUAUCAUAAUGACCUGCUGUGAGCACCAUCAGCUAUCUCACAUCACUUCCGCUAAAAGAAACUGUGCAUGCAUUUACCUUGCGCUAACUUUAUUCACUUGCAAACAUACUUAAUACAAGCAUUAAUAAAAGAUCAGUUUAAAACA